UCCCUCCCGACAGACGCAUCCCACACGCGAAGAGAGAGAGAGAGAGAGAGAGGAAAUCCACAGCGAGAAGCGAAGAGAGAACGCGAUGGCUGCAACAGUGUCUCCGUGGGCCAAGCCCCGUUCGUGGGCGUUGGAAACCGAGCAACACGAGGAGGAGGUCCAACAACAACAACCGAACUCUGGCGAGCCGCCCGCGGACUUCCCGUCCCUAGCCGUGGCCGCCGCCAAGCCGAAGAAGAAGAAAGGCCAGACCCUCUCGCUCGCGGAGUUCACCUCCAAGCCGACUCAGCCGAGCCACCAACAUCAAGAAAAGCCUCAGGGCCUCACUACUCAAGAGCUCCUGGCUCUCCCCACCGGCCCGCGCGAGCGUUCAGCUGAGGAACUCGAACGCGACCGCGGCCGGCUUGGUGGUGGAUUCAGAUCCUACGGCUCCAACGGGAGUAGCCGCUACUCCAGCGGCGACGAGUCCUCGAAUUCUCGCUGGGGGUCCUCUAGGGUUUCCGAUGAGCCCCGGCGAAACGGUGGGUUUAAUAAGGACAAAGACUCGGGGCCUUCUAGGGCCGAUGAGAUCGACGAUUGGGCCGCGGGGAAGAAGUCGACGGUCGGAAGCAACGGAUUCGAUCGGAGGGAGCGAGAGAGAGGUGGAGGAGGGUUUUUCAAUUCGCAGUCUCGGGCCGAUGAUUCGGACAAUUGGGGAUCGAGCAAGGCCUCUGUGCCACCGACGGAGGGGCGGAGAUCCAACGGCGGGGAGAGGAAGGUAGGGUUCACAUCAAACGGCGGUGCUGAUGCGGAGAAUUGGUUGAGGAUGAAGAAGGAAGAGAGCACUGGGACAGAGAGGCCGAGGCUGAAUUUGCAGCCGAGGACGCUGCCUGUGAGCGAGGGCAAGCAGGAGAGUCCGGUGAUGCCAUCGAAGCCUGCCUCGCGGGGCUCGAAUCCGUUCGGCCAGGCGAGGCCGAGAGAGGAUGUGCUGGCGGAGAAAGGGCAGGAUCCUAGGAAGAUUGACGAGCAGCUGGAGGCGAUGAAGAUCAAGGAGGCUGCGCAGAAGAAGGCGGAUGGGUUCGGGAAGAAAGGUUUUGGGCUUGGAAACAGCUGGUCCGCACCGGGGGAGGAGGAUAAUCGGAGUUGGAGGAAGCCAGAAGCGAUGGAAACUCGGCCUCAGAGUGCUGAGAAAAUUGAGAAUGGUGUUGGUGAAGAAAAUUGAGGAGAGCUUACUAUUCUGGGAGUUGACAGAGACGCUGAAAGUGCUAGAAGCUACUGGUAAAUGAGAGGCUUGUUUUCUUAGAAGAAAAAAAAAAAAAAAUUCUAUUUUCUUUUAUUUUUGGGUGGUUCUGCCCUGAAUGUUGUGACUUUUGAACACAGUUUGGAGACAAUUUUGGUAGGCUUUUAAGGUAGUGACACACUAGUGUGGCCUAUAUGUUGGUUGCAACUCACAAUCGUUUGUGGUACUCGUUAUUAUUUGAAUUUUUGUUCUCUAUUUAAGCGCAUAGUGCGGAUUUUGGA